GAGUGCCCGUUUUAUCAAGAGCCCUUAUCUCUAAGCAUUAGGAAGUCACUGGAGACACAAUUUGAAUCAGUCCAAUAAGGUGUGCCAACAAUGUUGAUGCAAAUAUUCAACGGGUUAUUUCUUCUACUAUCGUUGGCCAGUGGUCAAAUUCUAAAGAGCGCCAAUCCACUUGCAAGACUUGGUCAAACUACCACAAUAUGGUGUGGAUCUCAAAAUGACUUUGAGGACUGUAAGUGGAUCUUACCCCAAGGUGAAACCUGCCUUUUCACUCAGGAAUCCAGAGAGUGCACGGAGGACCCCAAUAUCUAUGCGGAUCCCAACAAUCUCAGUGGAACUCAAAAUUGUUCCAUCGUCAUUGGCUCAGUCACGGAAGCUUAUCAUGGACAAUGGAAGUGCUCUCUAAAGAGUUCCGCUAGUGGAAAAUAUUUUUCCGAUUAUGUCAACGUGACCGUUGCAAAACGACCAAUCCUCGAGCUUUUUCCUAUUUAUGGAACACUAAGCAUCUGUGAAGGACAAUCCGUAAAUGUAACCUGUAAUGCCAGAAAAGGCUGGCCUCAAGGAUCUUUUCAAUGGAUGGUUAAAGGGGACAAUGACGAAAACCUCAACCUUGGGCCUGGAAACAUCACUCCAAUCGCUGAAGAAGAUCCCCAAGGGCACGAGAGUAUUGCUAAUACCAUCAAUUACACUGCCAGCCGUGAACAUAGGGAAAAGUCACUCGUCUGUAUUUACCAGCAAUUUGAUGCCUUAGAUCAACUUCUUUUUCAAGGAGAAGAACAUUUGAAUCUGGAUAUCAGCUACAUAGGGGACCUAUCUGUGAAACUGUCUCCUUCAUCGGUUGAGGUUGGAGACCGUCUUGUUAUAACCGUCCAAUUUGACGCCGAACCCAAGCCUGACCAUAACGACAUCGUUUGGCUAAUCCAAAGCAGAGACGGAUCUUCUACCAACGUCCCGGUAGCCAACGAGCCCAUUACAAUGGAGCACUACGAAUCCCAACCUAUGAUCGAAGUGGCGAAGGAUCGAUUUGAGGUUGCCCUUAUUAUAAAUAAUGUGCAAAUGGAAGAAGAGGUCUUGACGCACAAGCUUUCUAUCCACCUUCGGGAAUCGUCCUCUGAUAGGAUCUUGGUGUCCAAAGUCAAAGAGAUCGACUUAGUGGUUCUGGAUUUGGAAGGCACAAGUCAGGUCAUGUUGAUAAUCAUUGCCGUCAUUAUAGUACUUCUAUUAUUGGCAGUAAUUGGAUUGAUUGUCAUGUGGGCCAAAAGGAAUGAAAAAUGUUGUUUCCAAAAGAAAGGCGUUGCAAAGACAGACACAAAUGCAGCUGAGUUGCAACAAUUCACCCAAGAUGACGCGGAGACCAAUCAGAGGCCGAUCAUUCGCAAUUCUCAGCGACCCUGAAUUAGCUUUUCUCAUUUUUACCAACCCUGCUUUAAUUGAUCUCAUGUACGCUUGAAACACUUACAAAUACAGAGAACCACCAGAAAGAUGCAGUA